ACUACAAUUCCCAUCACCACAUACGCAGCAUACGGAAGUGAUUCGUUACGAUAAACGCACUUCCGCUACGCCGCUAAUUCCUUUCCUGUCUGCGGCCUCCGGCAAGAUGGCGGUGCAAAUCUCUAAGAAGAGAAAGUUUGUGUCAGAUGGCAUCUUCAAGGCCGAGCUGAACGAGUUUCUGACCCGAGAGCUGGCUGAGGAUGGUUACUCGGGUGUGGAGGUCCGUGUGACCCCAACAAGAACAGAAAUCAUCAUCCUAGCCACCAGGACCCAGAAUGUUCUGGGAGAGAAAGGCCGCCGCAUUCGUGAACUGACUGCCGUCGUUCAGAAACGCUUCGGGUUCCCUGAAGGUAGUGUGGAGCUGUACGCUGAGAAGGUCGCCACCCGCGGUCUCUGCGCCAUCGCUCAGGCAGAGUCUCUGCGCUACAAGCUGCUCGGAGGACUGGCUGUCCGUAGAGCAUGCUACGGUGUUCUGCGCUUCAUCAUGGAGAGCGGGGCCAAGGGUUGUGAGGUGGUGGUUUCUGGUAAACUGAGAGGUCAGAGAGCCAAAUCCAUGAAGUUCGUGGAUGGCCUGAUGAUCCACAGCGGAGACCCCGUUAACUACUACGUCGACACGGCUGUCCGCCACGUGCUGCUCCGACAGGGUGUGCUUGGAAUCAAGGUGAAAAUCAUGCUUCCUUGGGAUCCCAGCGGUAAGAUCGGCCCCAAGAAGCCCCUGCCUGACCACGUCAGCAUUGUGGAGCCCAAAGACGAGGUCCUGCCCACCACCCCAGUGUCCGAACAGAAGGGGGCCAAGCCCGAGGUCCCAGUCAUGCCACAGGGAGCCCCAGUGCCAACCCCUUAAAGAGGUUGACCAUCAUUGAUGGAAGGCUUGUACUUUUCUGUAUAAAUAAAAUGAGAAAUGGCGAAA